AGCUCGGAGUGCCUGGGUUGUGUGAUGAUUGGUACAUAUUCCUGGCUGCUCCUCAGAAUAGCACCGUGUUGGCCUAGAGACAGCAGGCUGAGCAAGCAGAGUAACAUGUGUGAGACUGGAUCGAAAGAUAGCAAUAACAACUUAGUGCUGUCUCUGUGUGUGUUUCUGGGUACUGCAUCAUGUAAAUGUCCUUAUCAACAAUCGAUCCCAGAAAAAACACCCCUGCUUUUUCUUUGUCACCAGGAUUAACGAGUGAAGAAUAGGGAAGAUGAACAUGCCUAUCAAUCAUACAUGUGAAGAAUGAAUGCCUACAAGUAGAAUAAUGGGUUCUUUCGAAAAGGUUUUUUGGCUCCUAUGCUUGGCUGCAGCUCUUCAAGCAGGUGCCGUUGCUCAGAUUUUUAUUGAUGAAGACACAAAUGCAUUUCGGAUUCCUCCCUGGCACUUUUCAUUGUCCUGCAAUCUGUAUAAUGAGACCGUUGCAGGAAUAAAUCCCUCUCAGAGAAGUCUAGGCAACAGUAACAAGCAAACAAACAGGGAAAGUGCCAUGAACCCCCAUAAUACUGACCUAGUUGGAUCAGGCAUCAGGAAUGAAACUCGUUGCCACCUUUGGAGUGACAUUAACAGUCAGAGAUCUCUUUGUGAUGACAAGGUUAUGGAAGUCUUCUGUUUGAACAUCCUGUGCUGGGUUGACGGAAACCUGAGCCAUUUAACUUGUAAUCUGAUGCCAAGCAGCAGACCGCCAGGCACAAGCAUGUUAUCUACAGUGAAGCUCCAUUAUGAAAUCUCAGACUCAUCUUCGGAGGGUUUGUCUGGGGGACACAGAGAAGCUGUUAUUCCUGCUGAUCAAAGCAGCUGUUCUGGGGAGGAAGCCCUGCAGUGUGUCAUACCUGGAAUCAACAUGAAUUACACCUACUCCCUGCUCCUAUCAGUCACACAUCACCAGAGCCGUGUAGAGGCUCCAGCCAUGCGCGCCACUCCGGGAGACCUUGUGAAGCCUCACCCACCACGUAGCCUGCAGUACGAGAUGACUCCAGAGGGGGUGUCGAGGAUCAGCUGGAGAAGCCCAGAGCCAGCACCUUAUGAUCUGCAAUACGAAGUCCGCUAUUCUGUAAAUGCUACUGAGAAUACCUGGACGAAUGUAGAAGGUAUCUUGGAAGCGUACGUGACUCCUGGUGAUUUGAAAGCUGGCUUGGAUUAUACCGCUCAGGCUCGCUGCAAGCGGGACAGGAGGCCUGGUCUCUGGAGUAACUGGAGCGAACCCCUUUAUAUAAGGGUGCAGGAAGUGACAUAUAUUCCUGCAACAGUGCUGACUGCUGCUGGUUCGAAUGUAACUGUAUACUGCGUAUUUAAUAACCAGAGCCCGAGUGUAAAAAAGGUGGUGUGGUGGCUGAAUGCUUCCGAAAAAGUUCCUGAAAAGCUGUAUUCUGUCAUGAAUGACCAUGUGAGCAGGGUCACCCUGCCUAAUGUGAGUCCUUCAAAACCCAGAGGUUAUCACCUGUUACAGUGUUGCCAGCAAACAGGCGAAACAUCGGACUGCAACUUCCGCUAUGCUCAAAUUUAUGCUGUAGAUAUCCACUUUCUGAUCUCUUGCGAAACCAAUGGAUACCAAACCAACAUGACUUGCAAAUGGAAUCCUAAUGGAAUACAGCUGCCCCAGGGAAGCUGUAUCCGGUUCAUGUAUCGCAUUAGGAAUGACAUCUCUUGUGAUGCCCUGCAAGGUGACCUGCAUGGCGCUGAUGCAAAGGAGUGCCAGCUAGGAGUUCAUGACGAGUGCACAUUUCAACCUCUUUACCUGUAUUUUUGCCACAUAAUGUGGAUUGAGAUCCACUACAAGCUGGUAACAUUGAGAUCUCACCCAGCGAACGUCACUCCAAUGGAUGUGGUAAAGCCAGAUCCUCCUUUCAAUGUAAAAGCAGAGAUCACUCGGACUGAAGGAUUCUUGAAUAUAAGCUGGGAGAGAAGAGAGCUGCCUGUCUAUGAUCUUCAGUUUGAGGUUCGCUACUCUGGAGAGGAGCAGGACAGGAAAUGGAAGACCCUUGGCAAUGUAUAUAAUGAACAGGCUUUGAUGGAAGUGGCGGAUCCCUGUGUUGUAUAUGUGGUUCAGGUCCGCUGUAAGAGGCACAAUGGGACUGGACACUGGAGCACAUGGAGCAGCCCAGUGAACACCAGGGUUAAUGAUAUUAGGGCUCCAGCAAGGGGUCCAGAUUUUUGGAGAGUAAUCCACGAGGACACUGUGACCAAGCAAGCGAAUGUUACUCUGUUAUUGAAGCCUCUGAAUAUAAAAGAAGUCUUCUGUACUGUGAAGGGCUUCAGAGUCCAGCAUCAAACCUCCAGUGGCUCCACGUGGUCUGAUGACCUGAGCAGCACCACUGCCUAUAGCUUUCCCUGGACAGAAGACUUUCACAGUGUGUCAGUCAUAGCCUUCAACUCCUUGGGAUCUUCAACGGAAAACUACAUUUUAAAUGUAUCAAGGCAUGUGAGAAAAAUACAGUGUGUUCAGUCUUUCCGUGCAUCCAUUGUAAACAGCAGUUGUGUGGCACUUUCAUGGAAACUCCUACCAGACAGCCCUCUUCCUGAGUCUUUCAUUAUUGAAUGGGAACGUCAAAAGAAAGAGGAGGGAGAGGAAGAGGAGGAGGAGGGCAGCUUUAAAUGGGUGCGAGCUCCUUCAAACCAGACCGCCAAAUAUUACUUAUCUGAUGCCUUUUUUGUACAUGAUGCGUACAGGUUUAUUCUGUACCCAAUAUUCCCAGAAGGGGAGGGAUGGCCAGAGACGUUUUACAUAAACAAUAAAGGUGACAAUGGGAGAAGCAGAGGAGGAGGAGCAGCCUACAUACUUCUUCUUAUAAUUGCUUUUCUAUCAGGUGUUCUGCUUGUGACGCUUGCAAUCUCCCAACACCAAAUGAAGAAGCUGGUUUGGAAAGAUGUGCCUAAUCCUAAUAAUUGCUCCUGGGCUCAAGGAGUGGACUUUAAAAAGGCAGAAACCAUCGGAAACCUCUUUAAGCACCACGAGAGGCUGACAUCUGGCCCGCUUCUCUUGGAAUCAGAAAGAAUUUCCGAAGCUGUAAUAGUUGAGAAAAUGAAACAAAGUGUGGAGGAGAAGGAGACCAGAGUUGCCUUGGAUAUCUCACUGAGUCAAAGUCAUGAACCGCAGCAGGAUUCCCCUCCUCCUGAGCAACACAGCCACAUUGAAGAAGAGGAGAGGGAGCCGGUGGUCUACCCAGACAGUUCAGGAGAGCCCAAAAUAGAAUAUGCCACCAUCCUGCCCAGCGAUCUGUACAAACAGCAGAAAAGCAUCAGCAGCUCCUCCGACGAGGGGAACUUCUCCGCUAACAAUUCGGAUAUUUCUGGGUCCUUCCCCAACAAUCUGUGGGAGGUUGAAAAUCAGUCCUGCAUACACUUAGCACAGGUCAACCCGCGGAUGCUGCGCUCCUUUAAUUCUUCAGAGGGCUUUUCAGAAGCUUCUGAUGAUCAGGACGACAGUCUAAUCGAUGAACCGUGCCCCGAAAGAGACAUUUACUACCUUGGGCAGGUGUCGACCGAGGAGGAGGGGGAGAAGGAAAAGUUCUUGAAAGAGGAUGCACAGGUUCCGUGCCAGGACAGUAGAGAUGAGACAGGACAUGAAGCCAAUCCUUUAUUAAGCUGUCAUUCUCUGCUUCAAUUCAAGAUGAACCAAACAGAUUUAUCACAGAAGAGUAGCAGAUUAUAUAUGUCCCAGUUUCGAGCAGUGUCUAAUACAAUUCCAAAAAUAACCAAAGCACAAAAAUAAUAAUAAUAAUAAUAAUAAUAAAAAAGCUUGCUAAGAACUAAACAUUUUAUUUGUUUCCCCAUGGAUGGGAAUAUAGAAACGAUUUAUUUGUGUAUUUGUUUUUUUAAGUUGAGCUGGCAUGAUACAGUGCAAGAAUGCAACUAUGUUUAAAACAUAAAAGCAUUCUAUUUUGAUUCCUUGUAGCAUUAUGGCUUCUGGAAAACCAUCAAUAACUGUUCUCCAUUACUGGUGUUGUCUAUCAAGGCACGUACACAAAACAUACCUUCCAGCCUACUCAGCAGUUAAUGCUCUUGAAACAUUAUGAAUACACAGUCACUGUACUUGGCAAGCUAUUCUAAAAUCUUCAUAUUUGUAUUUUUCUCAAAGCAGACACAGUUAACUGGCAAUACAAUUUUUAGCAUGCUGUUAUCGACCAGGUGUUCUGCAAAAAGUGGUGAAAAAUGCUUAUGUGCAUUUGCAAAACAACAAACGGAUUUCUAUUUUUUUGUUGUGUGUUCCUGUAUCUGUAAAAUCCUGUGUUACAGUAUGGAAGGUUUGUGCCAAACUAUUUUCUCAGUGUGCUAUUUUUCUAAUCACAGCAGGAGAUGAUUGUGUCAAAACUUUGAAAAGGCAUAACUUUGUGAUUGUGAUUUUACACAGUGCCUACACUGAGAACAGUGUAACUGCAAAACUGCUUGCAUAUCAAGAUUGGAUUCCUUAUAUUUUUGUGGUUAAAAUAAAGUAUUUAUUGUCAAA